AUGUCUCACCCAAUUUUCCAAUCUAAUGAGAACAGCCCUUAUGGUAACUUGACAAGAGAAGAGUUUUACAAGCAACAUAAAAUCAUGCACAAACAAAGUUUCAUGUCAAACAAACAAAACAUGAAGAUAUUCACACAAUCUUGGCAGCCUGAAUCAAGUAAUCAGUUAAGAGGCCUUGUAGGCAUGAUUCAUGGUUAUACGUCCGAAAGCAGUUGGCUUUUUGAGCUAAAUGCAGUAGCUAUGGUGAAAGCUGGGUUUUUCGUUUGUUCUCUUGACCUACAAGGUCACGGUUACUCAGAAGGCUCACCUGGUUACAUACCGUGUAUUCAACCUUUAGUCCAGGACUGUAUACAGUACUUUGACUCUGCUCGUGCUGAUCACCCGAAGCUCCCUGCUUUCCUGUAUGGUGAGUCAUUAGGUGGUGCAAUUUCUACACUCAUAUGUCUAAGGCAAAAGAAUGUAUGGAAUGGUCUGAUGUUAAGUGGACCAAUGUUUGGAGUGUCAAAGAAAUACAGACCUGUUUGGCCACUGGAGAAGCUACUACCGUUGGCCGCCUUCAUAGCACCAUCUUGGAGGAUUGUGAUCACCAAACCACCUGCAUCUAUAUCAUACAAGGAGGGCUGGAAGAGAAAGAUUAUCUCAAACAGUCCAAAUCGCGUGGCUUCCGAGAAGCCACCAGCUGCCACUGCACUAGAGCUUCUGAAAGUCUGUGAGUAUAUACAGAAGAACUCUCAUGAACUACAAGUCCCUUUGCUGAUUCUUCAAGGUGGGGAAGAUAAGGUAUGUGAUCCUGAAGCUGCUAAACUUGUGUAUAAAUCGGCAGGAAGUAAGGAUAAGGCUAUAAAUAUUUACCCGGGAAUGUGGCAUCAACUGAUAGGUGAACCAAAUGAAAGUGUGGAACUUGUUUUCAAUACUAUGUUAUCAUGGCUUGAGGUGAGAGCAGACUUGGCAAAAAUCUAA